UAGAAUUGCGCAGGCUCUGUGGCAAGUGUCAAAAUCAGCUGGUCGCAAGCUCGCCAUUGUUUUUGUCGUUUUUGUGAAGAAAUGUUUUGUGAUCGAUUGUGUUUUGGGUCAAUAUUUUGUACAGAUGGAAUCCUUUUUUAGUGGAGUCAGAAAUAGUUUAAGUGGCAGAGAGACGGUUAUCAAGCAAUCCCUGAUAUCAGCUCUCUCAGAAAAUGCCCGGGAGAUUCAAUUUGAAUAUGCAGAGAAUAACUGUGAAUUGCUGGAACUCACAGAAAGCACAAAUUCCUUUUGUACCACAAUCGAGGCAAUUUUUCUACAUGGCAUCAAGGGAUCCUUUGUCCGGAAGACCAUAAGUGUGAUUGCCAAUGAGAUUAACCGAAGGCCAGAACCUAAUUUCUGGCCAAUCCUCCUCAUAUUCUCCCACAAACAAUUUAUCGAUCAAAUUCAAUCCCUGAGUCAAGUGAACAAAGAUAUUGGCUACUGUCGUGCCUGGAUUCGACUACUCAUUAACGAUGGAUUGCUCUCAUCGCAUCUCAAGACCAUCCGCAAUGACUCAUCAGCCCUCAAUCCUUAUUACAACAGACACGCCCUGCUCAAGGAUCAUGACAGACUUGAGGUGGCUGAGAGGAUUCUUGAAGGUGUUGAGAGCUGCAUCCGCUUCAAAUUGCCCUUCAAUUCCAGCCUACUGAAUCAGUGGACAGAUCAGCCAUUGCAGAUGGCUGGCAUCUGGACUCCACCCUUGAAAUCCUACCCAAUUGCAUCGGGAGUUGAUGUAGCUAGUUCUCUGAGUGAUGAAGUGCCAGAACUACCCCCACAGCCCAAACCCCUUUCCAUCGAUCAAGUUUACGAGGACACCAUCUCAAAUUCAAUGUUCUCAUCUUCCCCCACAAACCAUCCCCGGGCAGCUGAUCUGACAGCCGACGAGAACUUUGACAUUCUCAUGAGCAAAGUAUCUGACGACAAGGAAGAUGAGAUUGUAGCUGAACGAAAGAUUAAGGAGAGGAAGACUUCAGGGAAUUCCCUGGAUCAGAGGGAAGGUUGGUCAUCUCCGACUGAUGACAAAGGAGCUGCCAAGGAUCAUCGGAUCCUUAGUCGUUCAAACAGCAUGACCCAGUCGAUUGUCUCCACACAAUCCACGUCAGCUGAUCGUCAGAGCUUCAACACUCUCCUGGCCAAACACGCUGACAGAAACACCUACGCUACAACCUUCGACUUGAGCCACAUCUGGGAUCAACUGGAAGCCCAAUAUGCAGCCAAUGCCAACAAAACUCCCACAGAAAGGACAUCUUCUCAAAAUGAGAGCGAUGAGGACCUUAGCUUCGAAAUGAUUGACUCCCUAACGGAAAAAUUUCAAAUAGACGAACUCCGUGAUUUUAUCAGUCAGACCUGCAUCUUGGCCCGAGAACAAGGACUCGAUCGACAGGGAUUUAUGUGCCAGGCAUGUUCCAGUCCCUUUGGAAUUGGCGUAAAGACACCACAAGUCUGCUCCUUUUCCGGCAACUACUUCUGCGACAUGUGCAUGAGUCAGGAUCUACACAUAAUCCCAGCCAAAGUCAUUCACAACUGGGACUUUAGGCGUCUACCAGUUUCACAGAAAGUCUCCAAAUUCCUCUUUGAAUUCCAAUUGCAACCGAUAAUUGACAUGAAAAUCAUUAAUCCGGGAAUCUAUUCAGCUGUGAGCGAAAUGGCAGAAUUGCAAUCCCUGAGAAUUCAGCUGAACUUCAUCCGAGCCUACCUAUUUACGUGCAAUCGGGAAAUUAUGGAGAAAUUCCAGGAGCAAGUUUCCGGAAAGACUUAUCUCUAUGAGCACAUACAUCGAUAUGCAAUCGGAGACUUGACCAUACAAAUACCAAAGGGAUACCUCAAGCAACUCCUACGAAAAGCUAUUCAGUUUGGCCAGGAGCACAUCCUGAAUUGUCGCCUAUGCAGUCAGAAGGGAUUUAUUUGUGAGAUUUGCAAGAGUCACAAGGUGCUCUAUCCCUUCAACAUUGACACCACAUUCCGAUGCGAUAUCUGUGGAGCUGUUUUCCACGAUUCCUGCCUCAAUGCCCUGCAGCCCUGCCCCAAGUGCGACAGAAAGAAGAAAAGAGAAGACUUACCGCUGCUGGACGCCUUGGAAUCUAUUCGUGAGGAUUGAAGAUUGCAAAAAAUGCCCAAAAUGCAAAAUUCAAUGUGCUUUUUGAGCCACUUCCUGCGCUUUUGUUUAAUAAAUUUUACCGCUGUACCACAGAGUAAUUCACACA